AUGUCCAUAGCAGCAAGGAUAUCUUCUACGGUGAGAGCUUCUGCUUCACUAGUAGUCGUCUCACCAUGCAACAGUAUUCUCUUUAUGCUCAGACCCUCAAAGGGAACGUUUCCUAAAACCCAUGUGUUUCCAGGCGGGGCGUUGGACGAGUCAGAUAUAUCUCUGGAAUAUUGUGCUGUGAGAGAGACAUAUGAAGAAACAGGACUAUUGAUUUUGCCACAGAAAGAUCUAACACACACGCCCGUGGUUCACGAGAGAGGAAGAUUCCCAGGUUAUCGUGAGGCAGUUGUGUCGACUACUGGAAUAGACCCACUCAAACUUGAUUGGUCCUCAAACAGCGGCCUGUCGCGAUUAUCUGAAUGGACAACACCGACCGCACUGAAACAGAAGAAAAGAUUUGUAACCCAAUUUUUUGUUUACUUCAGCGAAGAGAAAUUAGAUUUCAGCCACAUUUCACCAAACAAUGAAGUACAAAAAGUGGAAUGGUUAACAGCUACUCAGGCUCUAGAAGACUUCAAGACGGGGAAAGUUGCCCUUAUGCCUCCACAGUUUUAUUUGCUUUCUAGUAUCAAGGAGAGUGGAGUUCUGACAUCUAUAAAACUGCUCAGUGACCGUAAGUUUCAACCAUCCCUCAAAAAGAAAUAUGAUGACGGGCGCAUUGAGCUCGAUUGGGGUAAAGGGGAGUCUGGAAUACUGACCUAUGAUGGAGAGGGGGUCAUCCGUGAUAUUCAGCAUGUUAGAAAUCAUAAUAUUAGCCAAUUAUAG